CUUUAUUCUCUCUUCGUCUACUCUUCAUUCACCCGAUCCACAAAAGAUAUCCCAUCUAAUAUCACAGUCCCUGUACAGAAAAUGUCCAUCGAAGUACAUAAUUUGUGGCUAUGAUUCCUCCUAUGAAUCGCCAGCCAUUAGUUUUAACAAUACCAAACUUGGAGAAGUGGAAGCCAACCGUGAAGACCACCAGCCUAGGCGAAGAGCAACAAACUGCAAUGUCCGACUCCUGCGAUGAUCGGUCAAUUAUGAAAGUACUGUCUAUUAUUGAGCGUGGCCACCGAUUUGCUUCAGCUGCGCCUUCGUCCUACGGCUCCGGCCCCGACAUUCCGUACAACGCUAUUCCCAUGGCUGAGCCUGACGAGCCGGAUCAAGAUUCGAUGAGGAUCGACCCCAUACCUGUCAGAGGGCCACGCAUUGAGUUUCCUCGGCACCUACAAGCCGAGAUAGCUGAAUGGUACAAGAAAAAUGACGGCGUGGGAUACAAGAGACCGCCUUUCGCAUACCAAAACCAUACAAACAAAGGGAAAGACUAUGUGGUCUACAAUCGGGCUCAUCGACAGGUCGAACUCUGCCAUUAUACCAUGAGAGGCUCUGUUGACCACGUGCUUGUGCUUUUUGAUGAAAGUCAAGGGCCCCCGAAAUUGAUGGUCUGUGGUCCGCCCAGAAUUCCCCGCUACGGCGUCUUUCUUCGGCAAUGGUCUCCGCAAAACGAAGAUCUCGUGCCGCCGCCGUGUGCCCUCCGUAUCUGGCUAAGAAACCCUAGGCAGGAUAUCAUAUACGAGCCUCAAGCAUGGGGGUACGUGGAUAGUUACCUUAGGCAAGAACGUGGCCGGCAAAGUGUACACGAACAACUUAAUACACGGAGAAGGAAUAUGAGAGAGCGCUUUAAAUUUGCAGGAACCAAGCGUCAAAGAGCAAAUUCGAGCGUUCUUUCUCGUGAGACCAGCCCGCCGGCAGAUACAGACUUUGCGUCUGGGAGCGAGGAGCCCUGGGGCGAGGAGGAGCAUUCGAGCGAGGAAUCACUGCCAGAGAAUGAACUCGAGCAGCAGAGGAACCAGACAACUCCUAGCAGGAGUCCUGACAUAAUACUGCCGAUAGCCAAAAAGCGCAAGACAAAUCAUGCUGACCCGACAUCCAUGCGUAAAGUGACCGGUGGCCUUGUGUUUGUGCUGUGUGUCCAGGACAAAAUAAGAUUCGUCCCUUUGUCAAACUGCGAGACGGUGGACGAGCUCUUUGCACAAGCCCUCGAAUUCUUUCGGUUACACGUUGAUCUCGCAGACCUCCAAUACCUCUGUUGCGAGACGGAGUCUUACGGAGAGGUGUGGCUCCCCAAAGGUGGUGAUGACGAAUUCGAUUAUAUGAUCUGCGUGGCAUUGAAUGCUUUGAAAGAAAAGCACAGUGUUCCAGCCGUGGAGAUCAAAGUCAGGCCUGUUAUACGGUAAACUCAGGAGGGUAUGCAACCCCGGUUCCAAGCGGCUGGGAACCGUUAGCCAUUUUCGAGCAUGUCUAUAAACUGCCAGGUGGUAAUUUGCAUAAGGUAGACUGGGCUAUCUUAGCUUUUACAACUUUUUGGAGUCGACUGGUGUGCAGUCGUGUUGUGUAUGAUAUAUAGUUAGUGGGCAG